GAAACAUAAAAUAGGUACGAUUUGGUUAAUUGAACUACAGUAGUUAUUUUAAUUUGUUAAAUAUGUUUUGCUAAACGAAGAAUUUAGUCCUUUUAUUACAUAGAAGUGAAGUGUUGUUCUACGAUGAUCGUGUUUGAGCCAGUUCAAGCAGCUAUUUGGCAUUGUUUAAAUCAUUAUGCAUAUUCGGAUGCAGUAUUUUUAGCUGAACGCUUGUAUGCAGAAGUUGAAACAUACGAUAGUUUAUUUUUAUUAGCCACAGCUUAUUACCGAUGGGGGAAACCACAUCAAGCUUACUCAAUUUUAAAGGAUAAGCCUGGAGUUGUUAGACAUCCACAAUGCAGAUAUCUUUUAGCGAAAUGUGCGAAUGAUUUAAAUAGACAUGCCGAAGCAGAAAAAGUAAUAAGUGGAAAUGCCUUACCUAGUCAAAUAAAUUUGGAACAAGUAGCCGCUGAAUUUGGUGACCAAGCAAGUUUUGCAUUACAAUUAUUAGCACGAAUAUUUGCAAAAUCAGAACGUAACAUAAAUGCAACUGAAACAUUCAUAAAAGCAUUAAAAAUGAAUCCUUUUUUAUGGUCAAGCUAUGUUGAUUUGUGUAAUUUAGGUGAAAAACACGAUCCACAACAAGUGUUUCAACUAAGCCAUUUAUCAUCAUUUGCAACAUGCCAUGGAUCUUCGGUGAGUCACGUGUAUAAUGAUGUGACAACACCAGAAAAUCCAGAACAUAAUGUAAAUCUAGUAGCAACACCUGUUUUGCAAAACUAUUGCUACGCAAACCGACUUUUAAACACACCAGAAAUUAGCCCAAUGGUUCAAAUAAAUACAGCACGAAAUUUAUUAUUUGGUUCAUUAGAUUGUGAUAAUUUAACACCAACAUUUGGCAUACAUCCUUUGGAUACUUCCACACCAAAUAACGAUCCAAAUGCCAUUACUCCAUUAAACGGACAACAAAAUGCAUUAACCGAGGCAAACGAUCAAAAAUCAUUAGCAAAACGUGUGCGACAACAUGUAGGGCAAUUAAUGUCUCGGCGUGAUGGCCCACUUCAACCAAGUAAACCCGUACUCAGUCCCACAAGUAAUAUUGCUGUAAGUACACCGGUCACUGGUAAUGUACAAAAUGUCCGGCGAAGUUCACGAUUAUUUAGUAACAGUAAUUCAGUGAAAGAAAAUAAUAAAUCACCAAAUCGUGAUUCAAAAUUUGUCACACCAAAAUCACCAUCACGUAAGACUAAGCAACGUUUAGCGAAAGCGAAUUUAAAUAAAACGAGUUACAGUACAGAAAUGAAUGUUCGAAAUUUACAAACUGAUAUCGAAAAAACUGAAACAAUAACAAAUGAAAAAAUCACAAAUAAUAACAAUUUUACACAAGCGUUAAGUUUACAAAAACAUUGUGCGGAAGGUUUAAUGGAUUUAUUUCGUAAUUUAGGACAAGCAUAUCAAUAUUUAGCUCAUUUUAAUUGUCGUAAAGCAAUUGAAUGUUUACAGAAAUUACCACCUCAACAUUUUAAUACAUCAUGGGUAUUAUCAAUGCUUGCGAUGGCCCACUUCGAAUUAAAUGAAUAUGAACAAGCUGUUGUGUACUUUAAAGAAGUUCACGAGCGUGAACCACAUCGAUUAGAAUAUAUGGAAAUAUAUUCAACAGCACUAUGGCAUUUACAAAAAGAAGUUGAAUUAUCAGCAUUAGCACAAAAUUUACAAAUUUUAGAUAAAAAUUCACCAAUCACUUGGUGUGUUGCCGGUAAUUGUUUCUCAUUACAAAAGGAACAUGACACCGCAAUUAAACUAUUCCAACGUGCUGUUCAAAUUGAUCCAAGUUUUACAUACGCGUAUAAUCUACUUGGACAUGAGUAUGUAACCACCGAAGAGUUAGAUAAAGCAAUGGGUUGCUUCAGAUCGGCAAUACGUCUAGAUGCACGCCAUUAUAAAGCAUGGUUUGGGAUAGCAACUGUAUACUCAAAACAAGAAUUAUUCACAUUAGCGGAGUAUCAUUAUAAACGUGCUCUAGCUAUAAAUCCACAUUCAUCGGUGAUUUUAUGUCAUGUUGGUGUUGUACAACAUGCAAGGAAAAAGACUGAUUUAGCAUUGGAAACAUUAAAUACAGCAAUUACAGCUGAUCCAACAAAUCCAUUACCAAAAUUCCAUCGUGCAUCUAUUUAUUUUGCAGCUGGACGACAUGCUGAAGCAUUAGAAGAAUUGGAAGAAUUAAAAAAAGCGGUGCCAAAAGAGUCAUUAGUUUAUUAUUUAAUAGGGAAAAUACAUAAAAAAUUAGGUAAUACACAUUUAGCAUUGAUGUAUUUUAGUUGGGCAACAGAUUUAGAUCCAAAAGGUGCAUCAAAUCAAAUUAAGGAAGCCUUUGAGCCGGCAUUGGGUCGAUCACAAACUGAUGAUGAUAAUAUUGCGACAUCUAGUUCAGCAAAUGGUAGCAGUAGUGCUGUAUUACAAUUGGAACGUGCUGAUAGUAUGCAUGAUGCAUUACCAGAAGAUAGUGAUGAUAGUCUUUAGUAAGUGCGUUCUUCUUCUACUUCGUUAUUUAAAUAUUAUACAUAUUUAAAAAAAAAAAGGAACAUAGUCUCUUCACGUCUUGUAUACUUUGAAUAUUUAAUUAAUUAAAAAAUGUAUGUUUAUA